UUAGAAUUUUCACACAUGAUGGCAUUAUGAUGUCAUAAUGACCUGAAAGCUGUAAACUGCUGCAUAGAACAUAUCUUUUGUGGAUAUUUAACCCAAACACUAACUUUGCAGCUCAGAAGAAACUCUUGGUAGACAUUUCAAAGUACAUUCACAGCAUUCUGCAGCAUUCAGUGUUUUAUAAUGGCACUGUUUCGUGGUUUGUUUGAGUGGGUUCAAUGUUUUGUUCACCGCAUACCCAGAAGAAGAAAAAAACAGGGGGUGCAGAAGUGCACAGAAGCAGAAUGUACCCCAAUGGAAGGGAUGAGUAGGCCCCUUGAUGUUGGCAAUACUGACCAGAAGAACCAGUCAAGCUAUUGCAAAGCAUCGAAGAACCUUAAUGACAAGGACAAAAGAGAGGUGGGGAGGAAAAGAAAGUUAAAGAAGGAAAGAAAGAUGGUAGAUGAGAGAGAAUCAGGCAGAAUGGAAGAGGAGACCAAAGACCCAACUCCAUUACGAAUUGAGGUCAAACCCCAACCAACUCCACCAGCCGCUGAGGUCAAAACCCCGGCUAGUUCUUCCUUCUUAAAGUCAGUGAAAGGGCCACUUGUGGCUAAAAGAGCCUGUCGACACCUGCUUCCACUGGCCACCAAGACCAGACCUCCUUCAUCAGGGGAAGAACCAAUGCUGGUUCAGAAGGCAUCUCGACAACUGGCUCAACCAGCCACAGAAUCACUGGCGGUUCCAACUCCAAAACAAGUUAUGUCCAUGUCUCCAGACGAGGAACCACAGGCGGUCCAAAGAGCCUCUCAACAUUUGGCUCCAUCAGCUGAAGAACCAUCAGUGGCAGAACCACUGGUCCUUCAGCAUACAACUGCAAAAUCUCUGUCACUUUCAAUGGAAGAACAACUGAUGGAACAAGUGAUGUUUCCUUCAAGACAAAUUCCUAAAUGUGCUGAGUUGAAGCCAAAGCCAGCCACUUCAUCUCUCAUCCAAAUGGACACUGAAUCUGAAGAGGAUGAGUCUGUGGAGCACACAGAUAGGACAUUACCUUCUAGUGAGUCUGAGACUAAUCACAAGCAAAGGUUUGUGAAGGUCCAUCCUUUAGUUCUGGAUCAGUCAGAUGACUUCAGGAAAAAGAAAUGUGGAGACUCUAAAGCUGAUGCUUCACGAAAGUCUAAGGAACUGGAUGAACUAAUGAUGAGGCUGUUCUGCGUAGACUUCAGCAAUGCUCCCAAGAAGGAGAGCCAGCAACAUUUAAAACUGAAAAACCAGCCAGCACUGGAAGCUGGGGUGAAGCAGAAAGCCUUGUUUGAGAAGGUUCAUCCUAUAGUUCUGGAACAGUCAGGGGACUCUGGGAAAAAGAAAUGUGCAGACUCCAAAGAUGAUGAUCUACAAAAUGCUAAGGAACUGGAUGAACAAAUGAUGAGGCUGUUCUACGUAGACUACAGCCCUUGUCCUAAAAAAGAGAAGCAACAACCUUCAAGAGAAGGGCAAGAGAAGCCCAAGAAGAGAGGAAAAACAAGAACUGGUCUUUUCAGCUGGGCACAGAAAAGGUUAAAAACGAUAACUGAAGAAGACGAAGAGUCAGAAAAGGAUGAAAAAACUUGA